UUUUAUUGGUUGGCGUUACUAUGUUAAUAAUAAUUACAUUAUAUUAUGGACCACGAAUUAACUUAUCAAGAAUUAGCCCAUAGAAAGAAAGUAAGGACUUAUUCAAAACGUUUCUUUACCGUAUUGUCGGCUGUUUUAAGCACUGGGUAUGUAGCAACAUUGGUUUUUCAUGUUUCUGAUUUCAGUAUAUACUUUGCUACUAUUGGUGCGGUAGUAAGUAUGAUUUCUCUUAUAUUAAAUAUGUGGUCAUUAACUGAUCAUUUUCGCAAAAAAGAAUUAGAUGAAAAACAUAAAAUACAAGAAAAAACUUCAGGGAAAUUAACCAAGAUUUGUCUUGAUAUAACAUCUAGCGGUUUAUUUGUGCUAGGUGGAAUAAUACUCGUAUUACCUUCUGAUCUGCUAUUACCUUUUAAUCUGCUAUCAUCUUUAGGUCUGCCUAUUGUUUCUACGCCUUUUUUCGCUUUGGGUUAUUUUAUUAUGGCUGUAAAUUGUACACGUUCAAUAAUCAACAGCUUACAGGUUGAUCAGCAUUAUAAUAAUAAUGAAGGAAUAACCGUAUAA